AUGCUCGCCGAGUUGUCGCAGCUAAAGACCGUCAACUCUGACCACCUCUCGCUCACCGCAGCUAGCAGACCGCAGCUUUCUCACCAAGAUUCGCAGCAGUCCAUUGCAGCUUCUGAUGAUUAUUUCUCUGCCUCGUCUGGCCAGUCGUCUGAUAAGAGCAACGACAGCAAAGUGACCGUUGUGCGGUAUGCAACCCCGCAGUCACAGCUGCCUUCACAUUCUUUCUCCACGCAACAUUCUCAGGCCCAUCUCGCCCACACUCAAUCGUCCGACAGCUCAAGAGAUCGUCCUGCUGCUGGCCCCACCAUGGCUCGCAGUGGCACUUCGAACAGCGUGCGCUUUGGCCAGAACCAAGUCACCGAAAUCAGCCCGCGCCGGCAUCAGAUUCAAGACCCAAGACGCGAGAUCAGUGCGACGACGCCUGGUGUCGACGACUCGCCGUAUCUUCAUUUCGCCAUUGACCAGCUAACGCGCGAUGAGGAAGUACAAGGGCUGGCAAGGCACGGGUCCGUCGCCAGCAACGAGUAUCCUGUCGAGCGAGUUAUUGCAGACGAGAACCUGGGAUACUAUCACCGAACAGGACCCACCACAGUCGAGAUUCGAAAACCUGCCAGUCGUAAUGGCGACGCACAAAAACCGCAGGAGCAACAAGAAAAACAGCACACAAAGGCGGUUUUCGUGACCGUCGACCCAGAGACCACUGAUCUGUUGCACCCGUCACUGGACUUUGUGCCUCUUGUGCUCCGGUCCUGGGCGCUUGGGCUUUUUGUUUUCUUGAUCUUGUGGAUGGUUGCUGCUCUGGCCGUUUGUAAUGUUUGGUCACAGAGGCACAGCGGCAUCUGGGACUGGGCUGGAGUCGGUGGCUCGCGUUAUUUCGUGGUUCAAUAUCUCCCCCAACUCCUCGCUGGACUUAUUGUUCUGUGGAACUUGGUCAUCCAAGCUGCCAUCUAUCGAGUCAUGCCGUUUUCAAUCAUGGCUUCUGAACGACAAAAGACGGGCACUCUUCAGAAUCUCUCUGUCCUGUCACGAAACCACCUGAUCCCAGACUUUUCUUAUUUUCAAUACGGCGAGCCUCUGGUUGCCAUUGGCUUGAUCACGAUCUGGAUAGCAAACUUUUUCACCAUUCCACUGAUAAGCUGCUUCUUCCAAGCCAAGUCCUACGCCGUCGAUGAUCAGGAUAUCUGGCGAUGGACAACGACACAGUCUGUAGGCUGGGUUCUGGUUGCAAUUUAUGGUCUUUUGAUAGUUGGUCUUGCCUUGGUCCUGUCUCGGUUCUUCCGAAGCUGGACCGGUCUUCUGUGGGACCCAGUCAGCCUAGCAGAUAUCGUCCCCAUGAUUCAGCGAUCCAAUAUCCUGCGUGAUUUUGAUGGAACCGAGACCGCCCCGUCAGUCCGCGAUGUGUUGACGGCUCGAGUGCUACGACUUGGCUACUGGCGCUUGAUGGAUAAGGAGGAUGUUUUCUACGGCAUCGGAGAAGAGUAUGCUGUCGCAGAGACACCAGCACCGACAUCACCUGUCAGGAGAAGCGAGAACCGAGUUGUUGAGCGAAGCGCGGUAAUGCAAGACUUGGAACAACAAAGUAUCUUGCGAAACGAAUCCUUUGAGCGCACUCUACAUUCGCCAUUUGUCAGAUUCCGGUGGACAGUCUGGUUCCUGCGAGACAUUUCCAUCAUCGUUUGGAUCCUUAUAAUGAUCGCUCUUUUCAUUGCUUUUGUAGCCGUCAGCUUCGUCAAGGAGGCUAUUCCUGAUGGAUUCCUACCGCUGCUCCCAACGCUCGCUUCAUCAAAGGGGUUUUCUGCUUCCAAUUUCCUCUUCAGCUUCAUCCCUGGGCUGAUUGGCAAUAUCCUGUUUCUGGCUUGGCAGCCAAUCGACGUAUACAUGCGAGCCCUGCAGCCAUUCGCCUCGAUGUCAACUCCCGAGGGCGCAUGGGCAGAGCACAGCUUGCUUUUGUCCUACCCAGCCUGUCUCCCGGUCGAAGUGACAUUCUUGGCCGUUGUAGCUCGACACUACAAAGUCGCCUUCAUCUCGCUCAUGAGCCUUCUCUCGCUCACUCUCCCCAUCCUCGGCGGCGGUGUCUUCAUUGCGCUCUGGUAUCCUUCCCAAAGCCAAGUCCGCAUCGCCUCCGACCUGCCUGCGUUUUACGCGCUGGUGGCCUUUUGCGGUCUAUACGCACUCUCGUACCUAGCCAUCUGGCCACGACGCCACCGCUACUUGCCGCACGAUAUCAGCACGCUGGCCGACCUGAUUAGCUUUUUCCAUCAGAGUCCGCUCUUGUCGGAUGAUGUAUUGCGCGAGCCUCGAACAAAGACAGACCUCAUUACACGGCUAGUUGUUACGCCGCCGCACGACCGCACCGUGCCGUUGUAUGGCUUUGGUGUUUACAGGGGCCUUGAUCAGUGCGAUCACUUGGGCAUCGACCGUCUGACCAGGAAAGGGAGGGCAGACAUGCUCAUUACAACGGGAGGUCUGAAAGCUUGA